AAGAGUUCAGGCGGAGAGAAAAGCGCAUCUCUGUUUCGGGUAUCUGAUGAGCAUCGCCUCAGACAAGACCGGGUCUUCCGACUUUCUUUUAUGGGGAUUUCUUCAAGCACAAUAAAAAAAAAAAAACCCGGAAACCUGACAAACAUUUAAAGGGAUAUCAACUGGACGGCUGGUGUUUCAGUAAUGGCUUUGUCUCUCCGAAGCAGGUGUUUGGUUUUGCUGUGCUUGACAGCUGUUCACUGCGGACACGCAGCUCUUCAGCUUGGCUCACGGCCCGUCGCGUUUUACCAGCAGUCCUGCAUGGAUAAGCACCAGGUGGUGGGAGUGCUGCGUCAGAUGGAGAAGUUCUUGAAAGGCCAGGAGAUCCGGUUCACAGAAGGUCUCCGGAUCAUGAAGUCAAAGCUGGCGUCGCUUCAGAACUCCGUCUCCAAGUUACCUCAAGCUGAUCAGUCAGCUGCUCCGACCACCUGCCCCUCCCUGGACGCCCCCGCUCAUGGAAUAAAGUUCGGCUCGAAGCAUUUCGUCGGACACGAAGUCCAUUUCGUUUGUACGCAGGGGUACCAGCUUGUCGGUUCUUCUACACGGGUUUGUCGGGAGAACGGCACGUGGUCUGGCGUCAGUGCAGUUUGUAAAGAUAUAAGCGAGUGUGCAAGUAACCCCUGCCAGAAUGGAGGUACGUGUGUGGAAGGUGUCAACCAGUACAAAUGCACCUGCCCCCAGAACUGGAGCGGCUCUCACUGCCAGCACCAAACCCAGACCGCACCGCCAGAGUGGAGCGUUAUGAACGACCCGGCGUUCAGUCGGCGACCUCGCUGCGCCCAAGUCAACCAAGCCCAGCACUGCAGCUGUGACGCAGGCUUCCACAUGAGUGGCACGUCUGACAACAGUAUCUGUCAGGACGUCAAUGAAUGCGAAGUGUAUCGGUUGGACCAAGGAGGGAAACUGUGUGUCCACGAGUGUGUGAACGUCCCCGGCUCAUACCACUGCUCCUGUCCCAGCGGUUACAAGUUACUUCCAGAUGGGCGGAGCUGUGAAGAUGUGGACGAGUGUUUGAGCCAGAAGCAUAACUGCAGCAGAGGGACAUCUUGCAUCAACACUGGGGGAGGCUUUCGUUGUGUCAACCCCGAGUGUCCCCGUUCCCAUGGCAACAUCAGCUACGUCAAGACAUCGCCUUUUCAGUGUGAGAGGAACCCCUGCCCCAUGGACAGCCGCUCCUGCCAUCUGGCUCCUAAGACCGUGUCCUUCCACUACCUGUCGCUGCCCUCCACGCUGCAGACCCCCGCCACGCUGUUCCGCAUGGCGACGGCAGCCGCCCCCGGCCGCACCGGCCCAGAAAGCCUGCGCUUCGGCAUAGCGGGGGGCAACUCCAGAGGCACUUUCGUCAUGCAGCGUUCAGACCGACAGACCGGUGAGCUGAUUCUGGUGCAGCAGCUCCGGGGGCCUCAGGAGAUCAGCGUGGACGUGGAGAUGUCCGAGUACGCCGACCGCAGCUUUCAGGCCAAGCACGUGGCGAGGGUCCACGUUCUGGUUUCGCCGUACAGUUUCUGAACCUUGGAGGAGGUGAAGAGCUCAGACCGAAGCCUGUACAGGAAGGAGGAAGAGUGCACAAAGGCCGCUGAGAGGAAAGAGAAAAUGUUGCAAACCGUCACAGAUUUCUAUCCAGUAUGGUUUAAGAAUGAUACCAGGGUCUUAAACAGUGCUGUUUAAAAGCAUAAAUGUCUCCUUGCGCUCAAGAGAUAAUUUGAGUCGAUACAAAAUGCAGUUCUAAAAUAAACAUUUCAUUUAUUAAAGGGGAAAAAGCUAGCACCACCUGCCUAGCUCUAACGUGCAGUAAUAGCAUGUCUAAGGAAUUGGUACUCCUCUUGGCAACCGUAAUGACAGCCAAUAUCCGCAAAUGGAGAAAAUAUUUAAUGGAGAGAACCUUUCAAAUUAUACAUGGAGAGCAAUUGAUACUCAGAGUGUCCAUUAGUAAGAGGCUGGGUAAAACAAGGCAUCCUUUGGGAUGUUCCAAAGUCAAAACUGUUGUGGACCAAAAAAGAGCACAAGACAACUCACAUUUGUUUAAAAUAGUCCAUUUUGAUGACCAUCCAGACAUUUAACAAAAUUUGGGAUACACUAUUAAAUCAGCCCCGAUUUCCUUAAUUUUGGGAGAUCAGUGAUCGGCUGAUAUUUAAAUGAGAAACAGAUUUUACCCACCAAUCUUAUCUACCUCGCCAAAGGUACUGUCCCCUGUAGCUCUGCUGUGAGAGAGACCAUUGCCAGAUUACGGGCUUUGUUGCUAUAGUUAGCAACUUUAUAAACAGAAACAAUAGAAGCCAAAAUCAGGAACAACAGGUAAGGCUUUCUAAGGAUUGUGAUUGGCCAGAAAACUGCAAUCGGUGCACCUCCAAUGAAAAUAUUUUGUACACUGCUGAAACAAAAUUGAAACUUUUUAAUAGGUGUGCAUCCUGAUACAUUUGGCGUGUAACAAAAGCAGCUUUUUAGACAAGACAAACCCGUCAAGCUGACAGACAUAUUUAUGGUAGUGUGAGCAGCAGCAGGUCCUGCAGCAGCAGCAGGUCCUGCAGCAGCAGCAGGUCCUGCAGCAGCAGCAGGUCAGGUCCUGCAGCAGCAGCAGCAGGUCCUGCAGCAGCAGCAGGUCAGGUCCUGCAGCAGCAGGUCCUGCUGCUUUGUUCAACUAAUUAAACCAUAAAUUCUGCUCUCAACCUGCAGCAAGAAAAUAUGUUGUGGGAUGAGUUUGAAAAGGGCGAUUUAUGCUGGAAAACCCUGCAAUGUGGCUGAAGAAGAAAAUAAUCCAUCAAAGAAAAAUCUCAUGUCUGUCAUCACAAACCUUUGAUCCCCAACAUUGGCACAGCUAGUUAUUAGGUUCAGCGAUUCAAUUACUUUUUCACGCAUGGCCAGCUUGGUUUUGGAUGGCUUUUUUUUUCCUUUGAUGAAUGAAAAAAACUGCAUUUUAUGUUUUGCCAAAUGUAAAAUACUUUUUCACAGCACUGUAGUUUAUGAAGUGUGGUUCAGAAAAAGCAUUACGUCUGUAUGACAGCGGUCCUCAAAUCCAGGCCUCGAGGGCCGUCGCUGUGCUGCAGCUUUUAAAUGCAAUUCUGCUUCAAAACACAAAUAAUGAUGUCAUCAGCAUCAGGAUGAACUUACUGCCUACCAAGGAAGAGAUUCAGCCAUUUGAUUCAGGGGCCACAAUGGAAAAAAGAGCUUAUCUAACUUUAAAAAGUUUGAGUUAAUUUGUUGCAAGCAAUCAAAUUAAAUUGAUCCAUUACGUUGUCACAUUAAACAAACGUAAAUAAAGACAGUUUGACAAGCUUAAUUUGUUAACAUGUAACAAAUUAAUCUUUUUUUUUUUUUAAGUCCCCUGGUAGAGGAUCUCAUACAGGGGCCUCAUAAACAUCCCGACAUGGCAUUAGUGCUUGUGCGGCUCUAAUUUAUUGGAAAUAUUGUUCCUGGAUUUGGAAGUGUAACAUAUUAUGUGCAAAUCAUAUCAUAUACUGUAUAUUUGUGAUCGUUUUGUACAAGCUUGCAUUCAUGUUUUGCCAGCAGCUGCUGCAGCAUUUAUCUCUCUGUCAUAUUGUGUAUGUUAUGCAGAAAUACUUUAA